UGAAUAUUCCAAAUCGCGUACAUAUACAGAAUAACCCACCCUGAAACCUCCCAUUCUUUGUAAAUCUUCCCCCUCUCUCUCUCUCUCUCACACACACACACACAGCUUCUUUUGCAGAUUCAGCAUGGUGCUGCAGCUAAGGAUAGCACUGCCCUUAGCUUUGCUGCUGCUGCUGCUGCUGUUUGCCACUGCAAAAGCAGAGAGUCCUUACAGAUUCUUUACUUGGAAUGUUACCUAUGGCACUAUCUACCCUCUUGGCAUUCCCCAGCAGGGAAUUUUGAUUAAUGAGCAAUUCCCAGGCCCAGACAUUCACUGCGUAACCAAUGACAAUCUCUAUAUCAAUGUGUACAACAACUUGAAUGAGUCUUUCCUUAUAUCUUGGAAUGGGGUCCAGAAUAGGAGGAAUUCAUAUGAAGAAGGAGUCUACGGAACAACAUGCCCGAUUCCUCCGGGAAAAAACUUCACUUACAUUCUGCAAGUGAAGGAUCAAAUUGGGAGCUUCUAUUACUUCCCCUCUCUUGCCUUUCACAAGGCAGCUGGUGGGUUUGGGGGCAUCAGGAUUCUCAGCAGGCCCCUAAUCCCUGUUCCUUUUGAUGAACCUGAUGGGGACUUCACCUUGCUGAUUGGUGAUUGGUACCAGAAAAACCACACGGACUUGAAAAAAAUUCUUGAUGGAGGCCAUAAAUUGCCAUCAACUGAUGGGGUGCUUAUCAACGGCCGCGCCUCUAAUGGCACUUCAUUCACUGUCGAUCAAGGAAAAACAUAUCGGCUCAGGAUUUCCAAUGUUGGGCUGCAAAACACUCUCAACUUCCGCAUCCAGGGUCACAAGAUGAAACUGGUGGAAGUGGAGGGAACACACACCAUGCAAACCACCUUCUCCUCCCUGGAUGUUCAUGUUGGACAGUCUUACUCGGUGCUGCUCACGGCUGAUCAGAACCCUCGGGAUUACCUCAUCGUUGCCUCCACACGCUUCACCGAUAAGACCCUUACUACAACCGGCUUUCUUCGUUACAGCAACUCAGCUGGACCUGCCUCCAUCCCCCUUCCUGGCGGGCCGACUAUUGAGAUUGAUUGGUCUAUCAACCAGGCCCGUGCAAUCAGGACCAAUCUCACAGCAAGUGGGCCAAGGCCCAACCCACAAGGAUCGUAUCAUUAUGGCAUGAUAAACACCACCAAGACUAUCAUUCUCUCCAGCUCUGCCGGACAGGUGAAUGGGAAGCAGAGAUAUGCCGUUAACAGCGUGUCAUUUAUUCCGGCUGAUACUCCGCUUAAGCUUGCCGAUUACUUCAAAAUCGGAGGAGUUUUUCGUGUGGGAAGCAUUUCAUCUUUCCCGACUGGGGCUGGUAUUUACCUUGAUACUGCUGUCAUGGGUGCCGACUAUAGGACAUUUGUAGAAAUUGUGUUUCAGAAUGACGAGAACAUUGUGCACAGCUAUCAUAUUAAUGGAUACCAGUUCUGGGUUGUCGGAAUGGAUGGAGGCAAGUGGACUCAGGCUAGCAGGGUUGAGUACAAUCUUCGUGAUGCAGUUGCACGUUCUACCACACAGGUGUACCCAUACUCAUGGACCGCUAUUUACAUGGCACUUGACAAUGUAGGAAUGUGGAAUGUGAGGUCUGAAUUUUGGGCACGACAAUACCUCGGACAUCAGUUCUACUUGAGGGUUUACACUGAUUCAACCUCAUUGAGAGACGAGUAUCCUAUUCCCUUAAAUGCCCUUCUAUGCGGCAGAGCAGUUGGUCGGCACAAACGACCCUUCCAAGCUCAAGUCUGAAGCUCCACUAUGGAAUAGUUAGAGGCAAACAGAAAAAAGUGUCAUUUGUUGGUGGAGUUUUGCUGGUCAGCACCGGGCGGGGCCUAUGAUGACCUUAUCUCAAGGUCACAUUCUUUAAAUUUCCACUCGAACAUUGUAUUUGUUGUUUCCAUUCAACUAUAAUUACUAUACUAUUCUAUUAUCAUCAUUGCAAUCUAAUAAGAAGUUUCUUGUGCUUUCUUUUUGUACUCCUUUUGGGCCGCAC